AUGAAAGCCUAUUGUGUAAACUUCUCAAAAUCUAAUCUUAAUAGAACUGUCCUCCAAAAUAAAGAUUUGUUGCAUGGACUACUACCUGUUGGACGAGAAAUAGCGGUGAAGAGGCUGUCAAUGAUUUCAGCACAGGGAUUUAGAGAGCCGAGAAAUGAGCUAAUUUUAGUUGCUAAGCUCCAGCAUAGGAAUCUUGCAAGGCUUCUGGGCGUUUGCUUGGAAAAACAAGAGAAGUUGCUUGUUUAUGAAUGGGCAGUGACUGGUGGUUUGAUAGGCCUAGCAAUGGAGGGCGGUGUAUUCUGGGGGAUUGGAGUUCGAGCUAUUUCUGGAGCUCUUUUCUCAAUGGAGAUUAUUAAAAAAUCUGUCACUCUGUGGCAUUCCAAUGAAUCAAGAAUCUUAAGUGUUUUGUAUAUGAUAAGUGGAAAACAUUGGAAACAAACUCUGGAAUUGAGAGAUAAUAUCUCAAACAACUUCACAUAUGCUUGUAACUACUUGUUCACAAGAAGGUCGAUCCAGCAGUGCGGAGUCAGUAUCAAAUUUAGGCAACUUAAAUUUUGCCAAAUUGAAGGGAAACAGCAGCAUGUAUUAUGGUAUCUAUGUCAUAUUGAGCGGAUGAGUACGGUGAACUCACCCUUCAGGGAGGCUCUCGAUAUUUCUGAAACUGGGGUUGUGCAAGGCAUGGCAAAGGCUUCUGUUGACAGGCUCCCUAAGAUCAAAAUCGCAAUGGAGAACAAUGGGGAUGCCUCCGGGGGAGAGAAUUGGGUGUGUUGUUGGCCCUCCUAUCAGAUCCUUGGGAUAUCGCAUUGGUUGGCCCUCCUGUCAGAUCCUUAG